UUAACUCGUUCGUUCGUGUUGAUGUGAACUGUGAAGUGAAACUUCUUGCGCUCAACAGUAUCUGUAUAUCCGGUAUGGAUUCAGAGGCCGCGAAGACGGCGAGGGAAUCGCUGGAUUUGGCGUUUCACAUGUCGAACAUCCUAGAGACUGGACUCGACCGUCACACUCUCUCGGUACUCAUUGCACUCUGCGACCUUGGGCUAAACCCUGAGGCACUAGCGGCCGUGGUCAAGGAACUCCGGGCGCAGCCGCCGUCUCCCUCGCCUCCUGCUCCGUCGUCAUCUAAUUAGGCAGGUUUCAUCGGUGUGACUGGACCAUAUUCUUGCUCAUUGUGAUUUGUGACUGGACAAUGAGCCUAUGGAACCUGAUAGGAAGAUAAAUGGGCAUAGAGUGGGUAACUGCUGGAAUAGUUAAAAUAGAGUUGCUGCCAUUCUCCUACAAUGUAAAGGGAUUCAUGACCUGCUAAUGCUGGUGACAUGCUGGACUAUGUAGCCGCAGAGAAAUACUCGAGCAUUUAAAGGACUUGAAUCUCCUUUUGAUAAUAUUGAAAAUGCACGGUCUUAUAAUGUUUUGUUAUUGUUAGGAGGGGAGGUGGGGAGGAUUGGCAAUGCAUGGAAAAGAGUGAUCACAUUUCUGCAAACAUGAUGUACUAUUUUCUUGGUGCCCCUUAAUUUAACUUCAUUUUCCAUUCAAAUCUUAUUGUUGCAUGUAUAUUAGCAACUAGCAAGCCAAUUGUGGUUUUGUGCAUCUUAGUUGGAUUCUCUUGUAUGUAUACUUGUAUAGUUUCGAACUUUCGAUGGGCAGUGAAACUCUUGAUAGGUGUUUGUAGAAGUGCUUGUGUGGAGUGUAUAGUCUAUGUUUACAAUGGUUGGAAAUAUCUAUCAUAUGUACAAGGUUUAAAAUUUAUAAUGAAGAUUAUUUUAUUGUUCAGUGCAACCUUGUGUGGCUUAGUACUAUGCUGGGUGGCAUCUCCGGAAAAUGAGUACCCUUGUAUUUUGCAUGAUGAAUUAUGGGGAUAAUUAUAUGUUAAAAAAACAUCCGAAUCAAGGUUAUAGGCUUUGUGCUUGUCCAGGACAUGUAUCUUUCUUUCUUUUCUCAGAAGUAUGUAUUAUUGUUAUUAUUAUUUAAAAAGAGGACUCGUAUGCAGUGACCACUUAGCCUGGUUGGCAGUUGCCCUACGUCAUACCUUUCGUUUAUGAGGACGCUUAUUCCAUGUGUAAGUAUGGAUUUGGGGCUCUAUAAUUCCUCAAUCAUUCUUGAGUCUUAAAUCUUGGAGGCUUAAGUCGUGCUCAAACAUGCUUUGGAUAUGUUAUAUUCUUAUGUACCUAAUAUCUUUUGUAAAAUUUUUGUAUCCUUACUUUACAAGCAGUAGAUACUUCACGAGUCAUGUUAAUGGAUUUAAUUUUUCUUUUGAUUAUUGUCUGCCUUUCUGUGUUCGAUCAAAGAGUUGAUUCAACUCAAGAGGGUUGGCUUGUUAGUAAAUUUGUCAGGAUAAAUCCUUGUCAAAGACAAUGGAUCCUGGGUUCAACUCUCAUGUCAGGAGAAUUUCUUUGGAGCCACCCUUAUGGGUUGAAAGUCCUGUAAUUACCUGGUGCAUGUGGAAUAGGGAGAUCCCUGUACACGGGUUUACCGUGUAGAAUGGAGUCUAAUGUUGUCAUCGUAUCUUGGACGAGAGUUGCUUCAUUUGGUUGAGGAUUAUCACUAAAUUGAGUAGUUUAAAUCACAUCUCUGUCUAUUGACCAUCUCUUGGGUGAUUCUGGAGUGAAGUUGAAAUAUAAAUGGAAAAGGUUGACCAGUAUGUAUGAAGUCAUUCUUAUGAUUAUCGAGGAUGGGAAGCAAACACAGUUCGUAACAUCAUGGGAAGAUUCUCCUGUGAAGAAGAUUUGAGUGGUGGAGAAUUGUUUUAGAUGAAUGCAAAUACCUGACAGAGUCAAGCCUGUCACUAAUGUGAGUUCUAAGCGGAGGUGGGUUGUUAAUAAUUGAUACUGGAACUCCCAUCCAAAAUUGGCUCAUUUGAUAUUUCUCUUUGAUGGCUUUUUAUUAUAACCAUUUUCCAUUAAAAGGUAUUGGCAAAGCUUGGUUCAGCCGCAGCGUCCACUAGCUCAGGGGAAACAGAAAGGGUUUCGCUUCUGCAGGUACUUGUUUUCUUUGCUUGCAUUUCAAAAUAAUUUUAAUGCUAUGACAUUGAUUGAAGUCUAUUCCAAGAUUUUAUGGAACAUAUCUUUGCGUAGCUAAAUAGUAAAUUUGUAGUUUACCGUUUGUGAUGACUUGUUGAUUCAUUGACUGCAUUGGGUUUAUGACGAAGUAAAACUAUGUCAAUUACUGUUAAUGUUACUGUUGUGUUAACGACGACCCAUUGAAGAGUA